AUGGCUGAAGCUGAAACCUUAUCUUACCUGCCGCCAGGAUGGACGGAGGAGAUGUAUCAGAACCAGACUGACGCCGCCCUUGAAGCCCUUUCAGAAGAGCAACUACAAAGCCUGAUGGAGCGCCAGGCUGCCGAAGCCAAGCUCAUCAGCGCACAGAACAUGGCCCGCGUAAAUGAGCGACGUCUUGGUCGCGGGGCUCUUCCAGUUCAAAUCCCAUCAUCGCACCCAGCCGAUAACGCUGUACAACCCGCCACAGGAGAAGCUGGUGCGGACCAGAUCCUCGAAAAUCUGGAAGCACUGGUCGAGCUGGUCGAGGAGGAAGACUGGUCCGAUUUCGGGUUUCUAGUGUUCCGCACGCAUUAUUCCGACGAGCCCCUCUGGGAGAAUUUCAUGGCCCAGUACGACGAGUUCCUCGACCAGGGCAUAAAUGCUGCCCCAGUAGAAUCUGGGAUCGAGCGUAUUCGCGAUCGAAUCUUUCUCAAGUUCGUGUCAGAUGAAGCAAUGGCUGGGGAGCCGCCGGCGAGAGUGGCAUAUGCCUAUCGCCUGUCCGUGGAGGAGAUGGAUGAAGAUGCCGAGAAUGAUCGACUUGAGCCUGGACUCCACACGCGUAUGUGCCUCAUGGUCGAUGAGGAAUGCCUGCAUUCCGUUGUGGAUGUGAAGUCGAAACCGGGCUCUCCCGCACCGUUUCUAAAAGCUGUUGAUGUUACCCUGGGAGAACGGCAAUUGAUGUACUCAGGGACGUUCAAGGUUGCGAUUGCUUCACUGAUUACCAAAUUCUACCCUGCCCUGCUUACCUGUGAGGACAUUGUGGAACUUGCGCCACCAACGGAGGAUGCGAUUUGGGGAGCGUGA